CUACUGUCAGACCAAAGAAUGAAGUAGAACAGAAGCAGCUCUGUGCUUUUGGGGAGUACGUGGCUGAGAUUCUGCCCAAGUAUAUCCAGCAAGCACAGGUGACCUGUUUCAAUGAGCUGGAACUUUUGAUCCAUCCAGAUGGGAUCAUUCCAGUUCUGACCUUCCUUCGAGAUCAUACGAAUGCCCAGUUCAAAUCCUUGGCUGACUUGACUGCUGUUGAUGUCCCAUCUCGGCAGUACCGCUUUGAGAUUGUUUACAAUCUCCUGUCUCUGCGGUUCAACAGUCGGAUCCGUGUGAAGACGUACACCGAUGAGCUGACACCUAUUGACUCAGCAGUGUCUGUGCACAAGGCAGCAAACUGGUAUGAAAGAGAGGUUUGGGACAUGUAUGGUGUUUUCUUUGCCAACCACCCUGAUCUAAGGCGAAUCCUCACAGACUAUGGGUUUGAGGGCCAUCCUUUCCGCAAGGACUUCCCACUCUCUGGUUAUGUGGAGGUGCGGUAUGACGAUGAAGUGAAACGGGUAGUGGCUGAGCCUGUGGAGUUAUCUCAGGAAUUCCGCAAGUUUGAUCUGAAUAGUCCUUGGGAGGCAUUUCCUGCCUAUCGUCCAGCUCCAGAACCUCUGAAAAUAGAAGCAGGAGCCAAGAAAGAAGAUGCAAAAUAGCAGCAGAAUAGAGUGGAUGCACCAUCCUUUCUAUUCUAACAUAGUAUUUAUAAUAAAAAAAAUGGAUAUGAGAU